AUGAGUGAACCCGAAGUGCCCUUCAAGGUGGUGGCUCAGUUCCCAUACAAGUCCGAUUACGAGGACGAUUUAAAUUUUGAAAAAGAUCAAGAGAUUAUUGUUACGUCUGUUGAAGACGCCGAAUGGUACUUUGGUGAAUACCAGGAUUCAAAUGGCGACGUUAUUGAGGGUAUCUUCCCGAAAAGUUUUGUUGCUGUUCAGGGAUCUGAAGUUGGAAAGGAAGCCGAAUCAUCUCCGAAUACCGGUUCCACUGAGCAACGUACAAUCCAGCCGGAAGUAGAACAAAAGGACCUACCAGAGCCCAUUUCCCCUGAAACGAAGAAAGAAACUCUGUCCGGGCCAGUGCCAGUUCCAGCCGCUACAGUGCCAGUUCCAGCCGCUACAGUGCCAGUUCCAGCCGCUACAGCAGUAUCAGCACAGGUCCAGCAUGAUAGUAGUAGUGGUAAUGGCGAAAGAAAAGUUCCCAUGGAUUCUCCAAAAUUGAAGGCUCGCUUAUCUAUGUUUAAUCAAGAUAUAACGGAGCAAGUUCCUUUACCAAAAUCAACUCACUUGGAUUUAGAAAACAUACCUGUGAAAAAAACAAUUGUGGCAGAUGCUCCUAAAUACUAUGUCCCCCCUGGAAUUCCAACAAAUGAUACGUCCAAUCUUGAAAGGAAAAAGUCCCUAAAGGAAAACGAAAAAAAGAUUGUUCCCGAACCAAUUAAUCGUGCACAGGUGGAAAGUGGAAGAAUAGAAACUGAGAAUGACCAAUUAAAGAAGGAUUUGCCCCAGAUGAGCCUUAAAGAAAGAAUUGCUCUUUUACAGGAGCAACAAAGAUUACAGGCUGCAAGAGAAGAAGAACUCUUGAGAAAAAAGGCUAAGCUCGAACAAGAACAUGAACGUAGUGCGGUUAACAAGAAUGAGCCCUAUACGGAAACUGAAGAAGCAGAAGAAAAUGAAAAAACUGAACCGAAACCUGAAUUUACGCCUGAAACUGAGCACAACGAGGAACCGCAAAUGGAAUUAUUGGCACAUAAAGAGAUUACUAAAACCUCACGCGAAGCAGAUGAAGGCACGAAUGACAUAGAGAAAGAACAAUUUUUAGAUGAGUACACAAAGGAAAAUCAGAAAGUUGAGGAGUCACAAGCAGACGAGGCAAGAGGAGAAAAUGUUGCUGAGGAAAGCGAAAUAGGUUACGGCCAUGAAGACAGAGAGGGAGAUAAUGAUGAGGAAAAAGAAGAGGAAGAUAGUGAAGAGAAUCGUAGGGCCGCAUUGAGAGAAAGAAUGGCUAAACUAUCUGGCGCUAGUAGAUUCGGUGCUCCUGUUGGUUUUAACCCCUUCGGUAUGGCUUCUGGAGUUGGAAAUAAACCAUCAGAAGAGCCGAAAAAGAAACAGCAUAAGGAGAAGGAGGAGGAGGAACCUGAACAGCUCCAAGAACUACCUCGUGCCAUACCUGUUAUGCCAUUUGUUGACCCAAGUUCUAACCCAUUUUUUAGGAAAUCAAAUCUAAGUGAGAAGAAUCAACCCACUGAAACAAAGACGCUAGAUCCUCAUGCAACCACAGAGCAUGAACAGAAGCAAGAACAUGGUACACACGCCUAUCACAAUUUAGCUGCUGUUGAUAAUGCACAUCCCGAAUACUCUGACCAUGAUUCUGAUGAAGAUACUGACGACCACGAGUUUGAGGAUGCAAACGAUGGGUUGAGAAAGCAUUCGAUGGUGGAGCAAGCUUUUCAGAUAGGUAAUAAUGAGUCAGAGAAUGUUAAUUCCGGAGAAAAAAUUUACCCUCAAGAACCACCAAUCUCCCACCGUACUGCAGAAGUAUCACAUGAUAUUGAAAAUUCAUCACAAAACACAACUGGAAAUGUUUUGCCUGUCUCUUCCCCACAAACAAGAGUUGCUCGCAACGGGUCGAUAAAUUCUUUGACUAAAUCCAUUUCAGGGGAAAAUCGGCGGAAAUCCAUAAACGAGUAUCAUGAUACAGUUUCCACUAAUUCAUCUGCAUUAACAGAAACCGCUCAAGAUAUUUCGAUGGCAGCUCCAGCAGCUCCAGUUCUAAGUAAGGUGUCACAUCCUGAGGACAAGGUGCCACCUCACCCAGUGCCUUCUGCACCCUCUGCACCUCCAGUACCCUCUGCACCUUCAGUACCCUCUGCACCUCCAGUACCUCCAGCACCUCCAGCACUCUCUGCACCUUCAGUACCCCCAGUACCCCCAGUACCUCCAGUAUCUUCAGCACCUCCAGCACUCUCAGCACCUUCAAUACCUCCAGUACCUCCAACACCUCCAGCACCUCCAGCACCUCCAGCGCCUCUUGCGCUGCCUAAACACAAUGAAGUAGAAGAACAUGUCAAGUCAUCUGCUCCCCUUCCACCUGUAUCCGAGGAAUAUCAUCCUAUGCCAAAUACUGCUCCGCCACUUCCACGUGCACCACCAGUACCACCGGCUACUUUUGAAUUUGACUCUGAACCAACAGCCACUCAUUCACAUACAGCUCCUUCUCCUCCACCACAUCAAAAUGUCACGGCCUCUACACCUUCAAUGAUGAGUACGCAACAACGUGUGCCAACCUCAGUACUAUCUGGGGCAGAAAAAGAAUCACGAACCCUACCGCCCCAUGUGCCUUCAUUGACGAAUCGUCCUGUGGAUUCAUUCCAUGAGUCAGAUACUACACCGAAGGUGGCCUCUAUAAGAAGGUCAACGACGCAUGAUGUAGGCGAGAUUUCCAACAACGUCAAGAUAGAGUUUAAUGCACAAGAAAGAUGGUGGAUUAAUAAAAGCGCACCUCCUGCUAUAAGCAAUCUGAAGUUGAACUUUUUGAUGGAGAUCGAUGAUCAUUUCAUUUCCAAAAGAUUACAUCAAAAAUGGGUGGUAAGGGAUUUUUACUUCUUGUUUGAAAACUAUUCGCAACUAAGAUUCUCCUUGACCUUUAAUAGUACAAGCCCAGAGAAAACGGUAACGACUCUUCAAGAACGCUUUCCAUCGCCAGUCGAAACACAAUCAGCACGUAUUCUUGAUGAAUACGCUCAAAGGUUUAAUGCGAAAGUUGUAGAGAAAUCUCAUUCAUUGAUAAAUUCACAUAUUGGGGCUAAGAAUUUCGUGUCACAAAUUGUAUCCGAAUUCAAAGACGAAGUUAUACAACCCAUAGGAGCAAGAACGUUUGGCGCAACUAUAUUGAGUUAUAAACCUGAAGAAGGAAUCGAACAGUUGAUGAAGAGCUUACAGAAGAUUAAACCAGGUGACAUUCUUGUAAUUAGAAAGGCCAAAUUUGAAGCUCAUAAAAAGAUCGGAAAAAACGAAAUUAUCAACGUUGGAAUGGACUCCGCCGCUCCGUAUUCGAGUGUUGUUACUGAUUAUGAUUUUACAAAGAAUAAGUUUAGAGUUAUCGAAAAUCACGAGGGAAAGAUUAUUCAAAACAGCUACAAGCUAAGCCAUAUGAAAAGUGGGAAGUUAAAGGUUUUCAGAAUUGUUGCGAGAGGAUACGUAGGUUGGUAA